CUGUAGCCCAUCACAAAUAUUUUGCUUUUAACGAUGUGGCAACUGGAGCGUCUGGGCUUGGGAUUUAGCCCUCCGCAGCUCCUCUUGCUUGUUUACACCUAUCUCUGCGCUCUCGGAGAUUGCCUUUUUGUGACUGAUUAUUUCACCCGCACGCCUCGUAAGCUGAAUGCUUUCAACUCCUUCGCCAGUGUGGAACUGUUCCACUUCAAUGUGCCUGAUGACACCAUGAUGGCCGUAUGGAACCUCAUCACCUUCAAGGAGCAAGGGGGCACUUUUGGAGACAGCUGCCCGGACCGCAACGUGACAGUGUACUUCAGGUCUGGGGCGCCUCCUGUAAUCAACCCUCUCUACACCCACUUCCCCCGAGACACGGUUGUCCCAGGGUCCUUUGCUGUUACUCUGACCUGGACUCUCCCGAACCGUACAACAGGAGCAUUCAACGUGACCAGCCCGCUCCCUGGAGACUGGUUCCUGGCAGCACAUUUACCCAAGGAUGAAGGGAAGAUCUCAGUCAAGGGUCUGUAUGAAGAAUGUCAGUAUCUAUUCCAACCUCAGCUCAUUGUCCAGAGGCUUAUUGGGAUUUCAGUGCUCUAUCCUGGGUACUUUAUCGACCAGAUGAUCCCCAUCCACAACAGAUCUGCACUUUAUAAAGUGUUCAUCCCCAAUUAUAUUUCAAAGGUGAAGGUUCAACUGGUAAACUGCAGCACCAGGAACAAGAGCAGCGACAGUUGUCCUGUGGUGCUGAAGAUAAGAGCGCGGGCGCCGCCGGUGCACAACUCAAGUGCCCUUGACUGCAGGGAAUGGAACCCGUGUGAAUUAGACACACUCGUACCUGCCUGGGAACAAUGGUACUAUAUUCUAGUGGAGAGAUACCUGAGCAACUCCGACGUCUACUUCCGCAUCGGGGUGCAGGUUAAAGACUGCUCCAAACCCAACCUGUCCAAGGACCAGACAUCACCCAGCUCGUCGCUGAACAUGCCCCAGUCUUUUGGAACAGCCAUGGGUUUCUCCUUGUCUGAGACGCUGUCGGUGGCCGACCUGCCCGGCCUGUCGCAGAACGCCAGCCACCUGCACAUGUCCGAGGACAGCAUCACUUACCUCGCCCCCACGGCUGAUCCUAACAAGUGUUGGCCCAUCCGUCCAACCCUGCGCAAUGAACUGGACACCUUUUCCGUGCACUUCUAUGUCUUCUUUGGUCCCAACAUUUCCAUUCCACCUGACAGGGCCGCUGUUUUCGCCAUCAACCUCAUGCCUGUAUUAGACAGCGGAGGCGUCCUCAACAUGGAGCUCAAGCUCAACAUGUCUACAGUAAAAGGAGCUAAUGUCACAGUGUUCGGCUGUCUGAACCAUGGGAUGCCUCUUUUCCUACGUGAAAAUUCUUCAGUGAAAUGUGAAUCGGAAUCGGUGGCCGGCUUUCUCCUGUCUGUAAAUGCUUCCUCCAAUAUCACCAAACUGAGGAUUCCUUACCCACAAACGGGCACUUGGUACCUCAGCCUGCGUUCGCUUUGUGGGGUAAAUACAAGAUUUGAGGCGUGCACCAAUGUUACGGCUGAGGUGUAUAUGCGCUCAUACCUGACUCCGUGCAUCAAUGACUGCGGAACAUACGGACAGUGCAAACUUCUGCGCACCAACAACUACCUUUACGCUGCAUGUGAAUGCAAAGCAGGCUGGGACGGCUGGGGCUGCACCGACAACUCGGAGGCCUACUCCUACAGCUUCCAGCUCCUCUCCACCCUGCUCCUCUGUCUCAGCAACCUGAUGUUCGUUCCGCCUGUGGCCAUCGCCAUCCGAAGCCACUACCUUCUGGAGGCUUCUGUCUACAUCUUCACCAUGUUCUUCUCCACGUUCUACCAUGCUUGUGACCAGCCAGGCAUCGUCGUCUUUUGCAUCAUGGAGUAUGACGUCCUGCAGUUCUGCGACUUCCUUGGCUCGCUCAUGUCCGUGUGGGUGACUGUCAUUGCAAUGGCGAGGCUCAAGUCCAUCAUCAAACAGGUGCUGUACCUGCUGGGGGCGAUGUCUCUGUCCAUGGCUCUGCAGCUGGACCGCCACGGGCUGUGGAACCUGUUAGGACCCAGCCUGUUUGCCCUGGGCAUCAUGGCGGUGGCAUGGACGGUGCGCACCAUUCGUCGACGGCGUUGCUACCCUCCUACUUGGAAGCGUUGGGUGUUCUUCCUCUUCCCGGGCACCAUGAUCGCCACGUCCGCUGUGGCUCUCUACGCCUUCGUGGAGACGGAGGAGAACUACUUCUACAUCCACAGCAUUUGGCAUAUGCUAAUCGCAGGCAGCGUGGGCUUUCUCCUCCCUCCUCGUGCCAAGCCUGAUGCAAAGGUGACCCCGCUGAAGCGCAGGCGGGGUUGUGGCUAUCAGCUGUGCGUGAACGAGCACGAGGAGAUGGGCCUGGUGGACCCAGCCAUCAUCUCCAUCAACAGCAUCUGUACCAGCUGAUAAAUUCCCCACUCCCUGCCCCUUUACCUUAGAGACACUCCAUUGCCUUCUUUUACUUGGGAAAUUCACACACGGGAAAAUAAGCCACAGAACUUGAAUAAGCAAAUGUAAAUACUUUAAUGCAGAUGUGAUACAUUGCAUUUUUUUUUUUUUUUUUUUUUUUUUUUUUUUUUUUUGCUGUUAUUGUCAUGGUUAUUAUUAUUAUCAAUACAACUGUAAUUAUUAUCUAUUGUUGAAGUUGUUCUGAUGAAUUGUGGGUGUACAGUGACACACUGUUGUUUGUGAAUAUGUAUUUAAAGUCAAAGCUGAAACACUGCUGCUAAUUUGACGGUGACUGUAAAACUGCUUAUGUUGGUUAUUUAUUGACGGUCUCUUAAAAAGGCCAGUUAUUAUACUGUUUGGGCACAGAGAGGGGGAGAGGUUGGGGGACAUUUAUCAAGGGCACGGCUUUUAUGAUAUUCUUUUGGAAUAUAUCUUUUGCACUGAGACACAAAAAUGUUAUUCUGUACAUUUUUAUAAUAAUAUAGUAUGUAUAAACUAAGACUGGCAUCACAAAGUUCAAUUGUAAAAUCUAGUUGUCUUGUGGAAUGUUAGACUGUCUUUUGCAAUUGCAAUGUAUCGCUUUUACACGAAUGUGCUGAUUGUUCUUCUUAAUUGGGAACAAUUCCAAAGUCCAGCUGCCUGCUGAAAGUGAGGGGGAGGCAGGAUUAUUUCAGAGACCUCAAACCAAGACCUCAACUUCCCUGUUCUUUCUGCCAGGACCUGUCUG